GUCAUCGGCAUGCUCUGUUCACGCGUGAACUCUGGGAUCGCCCGUCGUGACGAGCUCGAGGCGGGGUCUUGUCUGCCAGACUGCCUGGCCAGCUUCUAGGUAAUCAUCGUAAAGUCUUGCUAUCUGUUGUUGUGCGCUGUCUUGGUCGAAAAACAUACUCUACCUCAUACUUGGAUCACAUUGGAUACAUUAGUUUAGUGGGCAACCAUGAGCACCAAAAAGCACUUCUUCUCCCAUACCACCGGUGUUGUCGUUCAGGGCUUAGACUCGCUGGUUGCCCGUAACAAUCACCUCGCUUUGGAUGCGCCCAACAAGGUCGUCUACUCGCAGACGCAUCCGCCGACUCAGGUCAGCGUCAUUUCUGGAGGAGGCAGUGGGCACGAGCCCGCAUGGAGUGGCUAUGUAGGAGACGGGAUGCUCGCGGCUGCAGUCAAUGGCGAGGUAUUUGCCAGCCCUUCAACGAAGCAAAUUAUGGCCGCCAUCUCGCAUGUGCCAUCCGACGCGGGCAUCAUUCUGUGCAUUACCAACUACACAGGUGACAAUCUACACUUUGGCCUAGCAAGAGAGAAAGCCGUUGGUAUGGGCUAUAAGAUUGGUGUGCUCCGCAUGACUGACGACGUUGCUCUGGGCAGAAAGCAGACGGAGAACCUAGGUCGGCGGGGGCUGGCGGCGAACAUGUUUGUGCUAAAGCUCUGUGGAAGUGCUUCCAAGGCUGGGUACAGCUUCGAGAAGAUCAUGGACCUAGGCUAUGCCGUGAAUGCUAAUGCUGUCACGGUUGGCUCAUCGCUAGAUCAUUGCCACAUCCCGGGGCGCGAGCAUCAUCGAGAGAUACCCGACGAUGUGGUUGUUCUUGGAAUGGGAAUCCACAACGAGCCAGGUUUGCACGAGAUAUCACCUAUACCAGAACCAGAGGAACUGGUAUCGGACAUGCUGAAGUACUGCCUCGAUUCGUCCGAUAAGGAUAGAGCCUUUGUGGACUUCAAGCCUGAAGAUGUCGUUCUACUGCUAAUCAACAACUUUGGAGGGAUGUCCAAUUUUGAGCUCGAAGCCUUGACUACAGUAACACGCAAAGUCCUCAAAGAGAAGUGGAGUAUCGCUCCUGUCCGAAUAUACGUCCAGCCUUUCGAGACUUCGCUAAACGCCCCCGGCUGGUCCAUUAGCCUACUCAAUGUUUCCGGAAUCGAGAGGAAUACCAAUACAUCCAUUCAGACUCUUCUUCAUCUCCUGGACAUGGAAACACACGCACCAGCUUGGCCCAAAAAUGGCUAUCGCGAUGUCGUGAAGGUGAAGGAGAAGGCCAAGGUCGCUGAGGCGGCUACAGAAGAACAACAGAUGGCCAAAGGGCCUCGUGUCGAUCCUAUCAUUCUGGAACGUGCUUUACGGGCCGCGUGCGAUGCUGCUAUUAGUGCCGAGCCCGAUAUCACCAGGUGGGAUAUCGAGAUGGGUGACGGAGACUGUGGUGAAGCCGUGGUAGGCAUGUGUCAAGGGGUUCUGCAGAGGCUCGACGCCGGACUGGCGAAAGAGGGCAGUGUCUUCUACAUCCUGGAUCAAGUCGGCGAGGCAGUGGAGGAAAUCGGCGGUACUCUGGGCGCCAUAAUCAGCAUCAUGCUGGCUUCUUUUACGAGCAGUCUGCGUCAGGCAUACGCAAAGGACCAAGGCGGAUUCACCAUGGACGCAACAAGUGCCAGCCAAGCUGCAGGUGUUGCUCUGAAGAAUCUCCAGUCGUACACGAGCGCCAGGCAAGGAGGCAGAACAGUCAUGGAUACCCUGAUUCCCUUCUGCGAGUCCUUUGAACAGGACGCUGAUAUUCAGAAAGCUGUCGAGGCGGCUGAAGCGGGUGCGGACAGCACAGCUGGGAUGAAAGCCAAAUAUGGCCGCGCAACGUACGUUGGUGAAUCAGCGGAUCAUCAUCAACAAGCAACACCGCCGGAUCCGGGGGCAAAAGCGGCGUCGAUUUUCCUUCGUGGAAUGCUGAAUGGGCUACUGCAAUAGUGUGUUUGCAGGAAAUACGGUAAGAUGGCUCGUCAGAACAAGCGAAGCUGCUGGUCUGUUCUGUUGAAAAUAAUAUCGACGGCGUGAGAAUGGAGGAAUUGGUAUAUACCUCGCCAAGGAGAGAGCAUGCUCUUCCCGGGAAUAAUAGAGAAUAGGUCCAGCGAACUCGGCUCAAUUAUCUCCGGGAUCGCAACCCCGCCAACAGCACCAGAUGAC